UUACAGCACCAUGGACAGAGCACGGAGCGGCGCCCAAGCCUUUCUCGCUUUUUAGUCAUCCUCUCACUAGCGCACAAGCAAGUGAGCGCACAUCAACUCUUGAAUCCGCAUCUCUAGCAAGGAGAACCAAUAGCACUUCUUUAUAUCAGCAUCCAUUCCACAGUUGCCUAGCAUCGCCUGCGAAACAGACAGACUGGCGAAAAGGUACCUAGGCUAUGACAAGGUGUGCGGAAGUUCUUCCUUGCUUAUAGCGUUUCUUUCAUUGCCUUGGAUUGUACGGUGUUUCUUUUGAAGCCGCAUUUUCCAAGAUGUUUUUUGGGGUUUCACCUUGAUGUGCAACCUAUCAAAGGAAUUGGCUGCUACUGCGGGGAGGAAGCCAUCACUGCAAUGCUAUUUCUAUGUUAUCUGUAUACCAUACUGUGCUAUUGACCCAGCGGAGAAGUAGAUGCUCAGAGAGAGUCUACUCAGACCAAUUCCGGCUCCAUCCAUUGCAUACCAUCCUACCAGGACUACCACGACUUACUGUGGCACAUGUCUGGGAGGAACCCACACUUGUAGCCAGGGUCUCCCAGCACAGAAGCAUCAAGACCCACAGGAUACUCUGUCAUUGUUCUGUAGUCAGUGAUCCACAAACCCAGCAAGGCUAGCGCCGCUGGACAUUAAUAAUUGGUCAUAAUGGGAACCGUGCUGUCUCUCUCACCCAGCUACAGGAAGGCUGCCCUCUUUGAAGAUGGGCCAGCUACAGUGGGCCACUACACAGCCGUUCAGAACAGCAAGAAUGCCAAAGACAAGAACAUGAAGCGCCACUCGCUCAUCAAUGUGCUGCCGUGGAAGCGAAUCGUCGCCGUGUCGGCCAAGAAGAAGGGCUCGAAGAAGGUCCAGCCCAAUGCUGCUUACCAGAAUAAUGUGACCAUUCUCAAUAAUGAGAACCUGAAGAAGUCUCAGUCCUGCGCCAACCUGUCCACCUUCACCCAGGACCAGAGCACCCCCGCCCUGGUCAAGAGCUCCAACAACGCAGCCUCGUCGGUCAAGAAGGCCCCCUUGACUGACUCCAACGCAGUCCCCGGCACACCAAAGAGGGUGAUCGUACAGGCCUCCACCAGUGAACUCCUGCGCUGCCUGGGGGAGUUCCUGUGCCGGCGUUGCUACCGACUGAAGCAGCUGUCCCCCACCGACCCCGUGCUUUGGCUGCGGAGCGUGGAUCGCUCGCUCCUCCUCCAGGGUUGGCAGGACCAGGGCUUCAUCACCCCAGCCAACGUGGUGUUUGUCUACAUGCUGUGCCGUGAUGUCGUCUCCUCUGAGGUGGCCACGGAGCAUGAGCUGCAGGCUGUGCUGCUCACCUGUCUCUACCUGUCCUACUCCUACAUGGGCAACGAGAUCUCCUAUCCGCUCAAGCCCUUCCUGGUGGAGAGCUCCAAGGAGACCUUCUGGGACCGCUGUCUGUCCAUCAUCAACCUAAUGAGUGCUAAGAUGCUACAGAUCAACUCAGACCCGCACUAUUUCACCCAGGUGUUUGCAGACCUGAAGAACGAGAGCCAAAAGGAGGAGGAGAGGAGCCGCUUGCUCAUCGGUCUGGACCGGUGAGGAGUCUGGGGUUUUGAGGGAGAAGAGGGAAGCCAGGGGAGGGGAGGGCAGUUGUUCCAGUCAGGCAUUUCUAAAUGGACAGAAAGUGAUUGGUUGAAAAAGUAGAAAAUCUGAAACUGUGGAUGAUUGGAAAGAGAUUCAUUUUGAGGGUUACAAUGAGGGUUUAAUUGGCUGAGAUAUACCCAAAACAUUUGAGAUUAUAAACUUGAGAGCUAACUGUUCACUGAAAGAGGGAAGGAAUACAGUUCGAUAAAAAUUUAAAUCUCUCAGUAAAACUCCUAUUUAUCAAUUUCUUUCUUAAAACCAAACAAAUUAUUUCAUAAUAAGAAAGAGGAUUGCAUUUCCACUGCACCUGAGAUUGAAAGCUUUUGACACACAAAUAAAGACGACAGACUCAGGUACAUUCUGUACUUACAUACGUGAAUGAAAACAUUGAAAAAUACAACACUGACAAUGUAAAGAAAAGAGAGAAAAGGAACACAAUUACAGCUAUGAAUGUGAGUGAGGCUACAACAGCUUGCCAGCCACUGGUUUACUGUUCUGGGCCCUUGCUUGACAAGGGUACUGCUCUCAUUAUGGAGAAACAGAGCAGCUGAACCAUGACUGUUUGGACUGGGAAGGGAACACAUUUGCCCCACUGCAUGGAAGGAUAAGACAGGGAAGUUGGCUGCAGUGCGUACAGAAUUUGACUUGAGAGAAAAACUGGGGCACCAAAGCUGAAUUUGUGUUUUUGUUAGUUCAUUGUAUGUGACUUGGGAGAAGGAGCUUGGUGGAGAAUGAUUGGUUCAGAAGGACUUAACAAUAGUCCAGCAUUGCAUUGUGGGAUUUAUUUCCAUUAUAUUUUCUUCUCCAGACAAUAGGAUUUAAACAAUCUAAGAAACAAGAUGAUGCUCAAUGGUCACACUUUGUGUUAAGACCUACUUAUUUUUUUCAUUUCUGAAAAAAUUGAUGUUUUACUCCUCAAAGGCUUAAACCCAGGAAGGUUUAACCAACGGUUUUCGUAAAAGCGCUUUUCUUUUUUUAAACUUAGAAAUAAUAACUUAAUGCACGAGUGCCAUGCAUUUUUGGAGGGCAGGAAUUAAUUUACUUAUUUUCAUUUGAUUUGUAAACCAGUUGCAUCUGUAUUAGAGAAUGCUGUGAACAAAGUGAAAACUAGUUUAUUUAGAUAUGCUUGCUAAAAUAGGCUAUUUGUUUACCAAGGAAUUAUUUUGUACUUUUCUCUAAAGGUUGUGUAAAAAAACACUUUGGAAUAAAGGUCUAUAUUGUGCUAUAUAGGUCUAUAUAUCCACAUUCAGGAUUAAAACAGGCUUAAUUUGUGCCAAAUCUUUGAUGAAAUCCCAGUAGGUCUGAUAACACAUUGAUAACACAUUUGUCAAAAUAUCGAACAUUUAGUUGACUGUCAUCAAAUAACUAUUUAAAAAUAAAUUCAUUGUUAUUCAUGUCAUUGUUCUCUUGGCACAUCCCUUGUAAUCAAAAGAUCGUGAAUGAGCAUGGCAGCAGUGAAUAUCUCGUCUCCCAAACAGGAUGCCGUGCCCCCUUUGGCCAAUUGAGAUAUUGCCUGUGAUUAACAUAUUGCAGUUGAUUACUCUAGUUCUGUUUGGGCCAAUCACUGACAUUUUUUGAAACAAUGGAAUGAAAUAAAAAGAUGCACCAUUCACCCUUGUUUAGUCAAAAUCAAGCUAGUAAUCUCUGAUAUAUUGCAGCGGUUAACACGACGUGUUAUAUCUCUUAGCGUGUUUGCCACAUUUCAUCACCGUAAGUCAAACACAUCAAGUGAUAUUUAAACACGCCUGUCAUACUGCCACUGUGUGGUCGAGAUGAAUGUUUUUGCAAAUUUUGGGUCUUGACCGUUUGCAACAUGCGUACUAAAUGUUGUUAAAAUACAAAUAUCCUUGACUGAUUCCUACUCUAUAUGCAUUCAUGUGCCAAAAAAGGCCUGCUUGAAUGUUUAUUGGUAAGUAGCUGCCAUCUUGUUUUAAGGUAGGCUACUAAUCUGACGAAUAUCGCGUUGAGAUGUCUUUGCCCACAGUUGCCGCAUAUCAGGUUUUGUGAAGGCUGGUUAUUUGGUUCCAGAUAAAUAGCUUUUUAAUAACUGUUUUCUGCAAUAAGUCCCGAAAACCCCAAUCACGGCGUACUGUAUAACACCCUGAAGCAAAUUUGGUCCAAGAGAGGAGAGACCUAUCUACCAAAUGUAAUUACUUUAGGUCAGACAGGGUGAGGGAUGUGACCUUGCGAAGUUAAUUUAAAUCGCUUGUUAUAGAAUCACCAUCUGGCUAAUUAGCGUAAUUCAGUCAUUGUUGAAUUUCUAUGACAAGACCCAUCAUUUAGCCAGGGUUCGACAAACUAGUGGUGUGCGAUAUACCGUUUGUUAUUAAAUCGGUAUGGACCUACAGACAUACAGAUACAUAACGAUGUGGAGAACAAUGAUGAAUUGGUCUAUUUAUAAAACAGGACAUGAGAGGAUCUGAAAGUAACUGGUGAGAAUAUUUUUGGUGGGAAUGAAGAUUGUUGCAAAUACAUUUUGCAGUGAAUUAUUUAUACAUUUACCAUAGAUUAAAAACAAAUAAAAAUCUGACCAUCACCAAAGUAGCACACCAGAGAAACCUUGAGUGAAGACUGUAGUUCCUUAGAACCCAUAGACCUUAGGCAAAGAACAAAUUGCAAAGCCAAAACACCAGCUUGACUGCACAUAUCUAAUAUAAAAUAACAGUAAUUCCAUGGCAAGUCAGUGUCACAGCAGAAAAAUGACAUGCUGUCACCUCUGGAAUAAUCUCUUAAUGCAAUCAUUAAUCAAAUCUAAGACAACAAUGAAUUCAGCUGUGCAGGAGAUGAGAUGAGGUUCUGGGUUAGAUUCUAGCUGACCUCCUUGGAAAUAAUCAGGUUGAGUCAGCUUGAGGUCCCUAAGAUAAACGAAACACCAUGGCAACAUCACUACAUCUACAUAAGCAUAUGGAGCCAUCGAGGUAACUACAUAACUACAGUUUGCAUUUAAGAAUUGUGCAGGCUAGUAAUGAUGUUAGAAUUGAUAUAAAUGUUUGGUGGGGGGGCAUACAAUAAAAUCACAGAAAAAGAGAAUAAAAACACAUUUUCUUCACAACUUUCACCAUCUCAACAGAUACAUUUUGCAUGUUUUUUUUU